CAAUUCUAUGAGUUCAAAGCUCUUAGAAAUGGCAUUGAUCUUCUACCUUGCUUUCUCACUUUUACUUCAAGUAGCUCUUGGUGGCUUUACAUGUGAAGACUUGUCUAUGGAUUUUUGCACAUUUUCUGUUUCUGCUUCGGGAAACCGAUGCUGGUUAGAGAAUAACCUCAAAGAUGGUAUCAUGGAAUACCAAUGUAUAUCAUCUGAGACGGUUGUUGAAGACAACAAGCUUCAUGGAUAUAUUGAGAAUGAGGAAUGCGUUAGUGCAUGUGGAGUCGAUAGGCUCACUAUUGGUAUCUCAUCAGAUUUCAUCUUCAUGUCUGACUUUACUACCAAACUUUGCUCUACUGAUUGUUACAACACAUGUUUCAACAUUGUUGAUCUCUACACUAAUUCGGCUUUGACCGAAGGUAUAUAUUUGUCGGAUGUAUGUGAGCCAAAGACUUCUGAGCCAGAGAAGUCCGAGCCGUCUGAGCCAAAAACUUUGAGCCAAAGAAUUCCGAACCAAAGAAAUUUGAGCCAAAGACUUCCGAGCCAAAAAAGUCUAAGCCAAAUACUUCCGAGCCAAAGAAGUCCGAGCCAAAUUGAUGCGGGAGAUGCGAGAAAAUUAUUAUUUAAUAUUAUUUAUGUUCGCAAGUCAAUUGUAUUUUUAUGUUUUAGGUCCUAGUAGU